CAUAACACCCUUUUCAUUUUUUCUAGUCCAAAAAAAUUUUCUCACCUUUGUUUUACUUCUUCAGUUCUUCUUCUUCUUAGUGAUUUUCUUUAAAAGGCAUAAAAAAUCUCCAUCCCAACUUUCAUUUCAUAACAAUCUCAUCUUUACCUUUGUGUUAUUGUGUAUGUGUACAUAACAUACAAAUAUUUUCUUCUUUGAUUACUUACUAUUUGUAAGAAAAUUUAGAAUUCCUAGGUACCCUUUUAAUUUGGUGUUGAAUUUAUGUUUCAAAACCUAGCUGUUUAUUGGAAAUUGUAGGAGUUAUUAGUUGAUCAAAUUCAAAUACCCAAUUGUUGAAAAAGAGGUACUCUUUAAGAAUCAGAGAAAAAUCUGCUAAAAAUUUAGCAAAAUUUCUCUAGUACUUGUUAAGAGUUGUAGGAACAAGGAAUGGAAAACAUGGCUGAUCUUGCUAAUGAACAAGAACCAAUGGACUUACCGCCCGGAUUCCGAUUUCACCCUACCGACGAGGAGUUGAUCAGUCACUAUUUAGCACCAAAGGUUGUUGACAAUGAUUUCUCAGCUAGAGCUAUUGGAGAGGUUGAUUUGAACAAGUGUGAACCAUGGGAUUUACCAAAACGUGCAAAAAUGGGAGAAAAAGAAUGGUACUUCUUUUGUGUAAGGGACAGAAAAUACCCAACUGGAUUAAGAACAAACCGAGCAACUGUGGCAGGUUAUUGGAAAGCUACAGGGAAAGACAAAGAAAUCUAUAGGGGAAAAUCCCUUGUAGGUAUGAAGAAAACCUUAGUUUUCUACAAAGGCCGAGCCCCGAAAGGCGAAAAAUCGAAUUGGGUUAUGCAUGAAUAUAGACUUGAAGGCAAAACAUCUCUUCAAAAUCUCCCUUCUAAUGCAAGAAAUGAAUGGGUGAUCUGCAGGGUAUUUCAGAAGAGUGCAGCAGGAAAGAAACUUCCUUUUCUAGGAUUAACAAGAUCAGACUCGUUUGGCAAUGAGUUUAACCCUUCAAGUAAUUUGCCACCUUUAAUGGAUUCCUCACCUUACAAUACCAAUUAUGGUGGUGCUUCUUCUCACGUGCCCUGCUUCUCCAAUACCAUGGAAACUAAUCCCCAAACAAGCCAUUACCAAAACACUAAUCAACCCUCCUAUGAUGGGUUGAUCAACAAUCCUUACAACUCGAUUCCCUUGAAUUCGAGCGAAAAUCCUUAUUUCCCUAGGUUUGGAGGUAUGAAUCCUUUCUUGCCUUCUCAAACAGGAUCUUAUUCAGGGAAUUACAUGUUAUCAGACCAACAUAUUCUCAAGGCUAUUCUUGAAAAUCAUGGAACAGAGAUGAAACAGAGCAUGAAAACAGAGGCAGUGAAUUACAGUGCUUCACAAGAUACUGGUUUAAGCAGUGAUAUGAAUGCUGAAAUCUCAUCAGUUGUUUCAAAUUAUGACAUGGGUCGGAGGCCAUUUGAUGAUCCGGAUGAACCAUCGACGUCCGGUGGACCGAUUGAUUUGGAUACUCUUUGGAAUUAUUGAAGAAAUUAUACAGCAGAAGAAGCAGAGGUGAUCUUAGAUGACAUUAGGAAGAACAAAAAAUUACAAAAAAAAAAAUUAUAUAUAUUGCAGAUUAUAUUUACCACGUUAAAUUAUUGAAGGUUUCUACUAGUUUGAUGUAUAGAAUUUACUGAAUCCAAUUAAGGAGACAGAUGGAAUACGAUAAUAUUCUGUAUUAUAUGAUAUAGUCAAUAGCAUACAAUUUAACAACUGGUCUAGUCUUCUUUUGUUUCUUAUUUUUAUACCUUGAUUUGGUGGUUAGUCUUUUGAAUGUAAUUUGUUAGAUUGAAUGUAUUGAAGAUUAGUGCCAUAUUGAUUCAGAUUAGUGAAUUUUUAUCAUCAGUUUGUUUAUUUAAUGUGGAGUUAA